AAUUGGUUUUGUGUGGCCCCUUAGUACUAUUUAAGCUGAGUUUGAGGCCCAAAGGACAAUAAGGAGGGUUUGUGUUGUGUUCUGUUGCUUUUUGUUUGUUAGAGGCUGGUUCUGUUGAGCGACAGCAUGGGGAGCAACUUGAGCAUGCCAAUCUGCUGUGAGACUUGUGGGAGUUAUAAGAAGCAGGAGGAAGCAAAUGAAGAGACUAGUGAGACCAAGCCAAUUCUGCACACCUCAGGGGAUACAUCAGCACAUACUGAUAUGCAGCCUUCCCAACCAGCCCUGGAAGCCUCUGAACGGAUCUCUGAAGAAGUUCAGUCACUCUGCUGGGACCAACAGCUGUCAGCUGAUAUUGCAGAGGAGAGCAUGGAGACCUGCUAUCCUGUGGAUCCUAUGGGAAUGACUGAGGAAUGGAAGGCAGCAUUGAGCUCCGUGGAUUUCUUGAUGACGUCCUCAGACAAGGAGACCAAAGAAGAGGCUGAAGUCCCGGAUCAGCAAGAAAGAGAGAACGCAUGUAAUACAGAUGGGGAAAUAAAACCUAUUCCUCACGAUGAGGCCCAGCUGGCUGUGCACACAGCUCAGGAUCUGAAGCUUGUUGCAGAUAUAGAACAGCCUGCUGAACAGGCUGGGGCUGGCAGUGAGGAUGGCCCAUGUGCUGGAAUAACUCCCCAGGAAAUAAAUAUUCUCGAGCUCAUGGAAAGCACAUGGGGAACUGAAGCUGGUCAAGACUUUGAGACCAAGCCUCAUAUGGAGACUGAUGAGAGUUUAACAGGAUGGGACUUGGCAAUCUAUGCUGUGCAAAAGAUGGCAGAAGAGGCUGAAAUGAACCUUCCUGCUGGGCAGGCAGAGCAGGCAGAUGGGGCUGGCCUUGCUGAAGGAAGUACUCAAGUCGCUGAGAGUGUUUGGAUUACAUCUCUUGCAAAGGCUGUUUCUCUAAUGAACGUGCAGGCUACAGAGGAGACUGAGAAUAUAGUGGAUCCAUCAGAAGCUGUAGUGAAUGCUGUGGUUGAGAUGCACUCUACUUCUGUGGUGCCUCAGGAAGCCCUGUAUCCAGGAGGGCAGUCUCCAAAGCCAUCCAACCAGCUGCUUGACUUCUUACAGCAAGAGAUUCAGUCCGGUGUUCCAGCUGCACAAGAGAUGCAGAGCCAAAGCUGCGCAGAAUCUGCUGAACUGAGCGAGGUUUUCAGUGAUGAAGAUGAAGUCUUCAGUGACACAAUGGAAAGUGAAGAGAACAGGGAAUACAAGCUAGAAACUCCAGCAGAUGAGGCAGAGCCACAGGAAAGGGCUGUGCAACAAAUGCUGCAGCCUCCAGAAGAACUGGUUUGUGCUCAGGUUCCUGCAGAGGAAGAAGCUGAGUUUCUCAGUGCUGUACCCUUGCUGUAUGAAGUGCCUGGGAGUGGAGGAGAUGUACAGGCUGAAAAUGCUGAAGCUUGAGAGAUGUGAGGAUCGGUGGUUUGGUAUUCAGUGCCUUUAGGAAUUUCAGCCAAAAAAAAGCAAUUAUCUCGGCCUUUUGAACCCAAUGUUUUGUUGUUUUUUUUUUUUCAAGUGUGUCCUGGACUUCAGACUUUGUUAAAGAGAUGUGUGAGGUGUGCAAUAGAUGUUUCUAGAUAUUCUCCUGGAUUAUAUCUUGGUUGCGCUUUUUGUUUCUUUAGUAGCUGAUUUUCAGGAGAUCUUGCUAUACUGGGAGAGCAGUGAUUCACUUCAACAGUGGUUUCACUAAAGGAAUGCUGAGCACUGCAUCCCCCAGUGUUGUAUAGUGAUAGGGGGUUUCACUUCAAAGUCUUAAGAGUCUGGGAACAGAAUAGGCCAAAGCUCCUCUAACCUGGCACAGCUAAAUGCCUUCUGUGGCUCACAGCCACUUCCACUGCCACCUCUAAGUCAAAUGUUUCAACUCCCUCCUUUUCUACUUGCAUGUUUAGUGACUGUAUUUUGCAGGUGUUGAACACGUCUUCAUCAGGAGGCAAUGAAAUAAUACUCUGGUUUGUUCUUUGUAUUUCUUGUAAUAGUUGAAGUGCUCAUACGAUCUGUGCUCUUUGUGCUGAACUUAAAUGUAGUCUUGAUCAGAAUGCAGAAGUCAGUGUAUUGCGGUUUAAAUCUACUGACUUUUAAUGUUCAUAACUUUAUAAUACCAAUAAAAUAUUUUAAGAUCAUGGCAAAAACA